AUGGUCAACUUUACCCACAGCUUCUACUUCCGAGGACACCUCUGCAUCUCCACCGAGCUCUUGGACAUGAACCUCUAUGAGUUCAUCAAGGUCAAUGCCUUCCGCGGCUUCUCUCUCAAGAUGAUCCGGCGCUUCACCAAGCAGAUGCUGAGCUCUCUCGUCAUGCUGAAGCAGCACAAGGUCAUCCACUGCGACUUGAAGCCCGAGAACAUCCUACUGCGUCACCCUCUCCACACGGAACUCAAGGUCAUCGAUUUCGGCUCCAGCUGUUUCGAAAACGAAAAGGUCUACACCUACAUCCAGUCGCGCUUCUAUCGAUCCCCCGAGGUCAUUCUCGGCAUGACAUACGGCAUGCCCAUCGACAUGUGGAGCGUCGGCUGCAUUCUGGCGGAGCUCUACACUGGUGUUCCCAUCUUCCCCGGUGAGAACGAGCAAGAACAGUUGGCAUGCAUCAUGGAAGUGUUUGGCCCACCAGAGAAGCACCUGAUCGAGAAGAGCACCAGGAAGAAGUUGUUCUUUGACUCCAUGGGCAAGCCUCGCCUCACGGUGUCCUCCAAGGGCCGAAGACGCCGUCCCUCGUCAAAGACGCUGCAACAAGCCAUCAAGUGUGACGACGAACCGUUCCUUGACUUUUUGACAAGGUGUCUGCGGUGGGAUCCUGACCGUCGCCUGAAACCUGAAGACGCCAUCUAUCACGAGUUUAUCACCGGCAGAAAGGCUACCGCACCGGCCCCACGGAUACCCGCGCGCGAUGCCUCUCCGGCCAAGCGCCACAACACGGCAUCGGCCCCUAGGCCGCUUCCCGAGCCUCCUGGACUCGGCAUUAAAGGCGGACCGACGCUGCGGGCUCGUGAGGCCACUGGUGUCAGCCCGCACAAGCCCGUGUCAGGCCCUGUUCGCCGAACCUCAGGGGCCACAGGCGCUGUGCAUGUGGCGGCUAUCAAGCGGACGAGCACCGGCACGGGCAGCAUAUCGACUGGCGCGAGCAACCUGCCGAGGGCGGCGGGGAGGAGUGUCAGCGCCAAGCAGGACCUCGCCUCCGCUGGAGCUGCUGCAGCUAUGACGCGAAGAUAG